AUCCCCGCACUGCCCUUUGACCCCGUGAAGUCAUUGCCCCGAGUUAAGAUGGCGGUGUCGGUGGCAGCUGCAGCCGGGCGACUUCGGCGGGCCAUUCGAAGGUCGCCGCAAUGGCGGGGCCCCAGCCGUCGGGCGCUCUCAUCCGAGGCCCCUCCAAUCCAGGCCGCGGCCGUGCGGGACGCCUUCCUGAGCUUCUUUCGGGACCGCCAUGGCCACCGCCUGGUGCCGUCCGCUUCCGUGAGGCCCCGCGGCGACCCCAGCUUGCUUUUCGUCAACGCGGGCAUGAACCAGUUCAAGCCAAUCUUCCUGGGCACUGUGGAUCCACGAAGCGAGAUGGCAGGCUUCCAACGUGUGGCCAACAGCCAGAAAUGUGUGAGGGCUGGAGGACGCCACAGCGACCUGGAGGAUGUGGGCCGAGACCUUUCCCAUCAUACCUUCUUUGAAAUGCUCGGCAAUUGGGCCUUUCGGGGAGUAUAUUUUAAGGAGGAGGCUUGCAGCAUGGCCUGGGAACUGCUGACUCAGGUCUAUGGGAUCCCUGAGGACAGGCUCUGGGUCUCCUACUUUGGUGGUGACUCCAAGGCUGGGCUGGGCCCGGACCUGGAGAGCAGGGACAUCUGGCUCAACUUAGGGGUGCCUGCCAGCCGCAUGCUCUCCUUUGGACCACAGGAGAACUUCUGGGAGAUGGGGGAUACUGGCCCUUGUGGGCCCUGUACUGAGAUCCACUAUGACCUGGCUGGUGGGGUGGGAGCCCCCCAGCUGGUGGAGCUUUGGAAUCUGGUCUUCAUGCAGCACAACAGAGAGGCAGAUGGAAGCCUGCAGCCCCUGCCCCAGCGGCACGUGGACACAGGAAUGGGCCUGGAAAGGCUGCUGGCUGUGUUGCAAGGCAGACGCUCCACCUACGAUACCGACCUCUUUUCCCCACUGCUAAAUGCCAUACACCAGGUGAGCCCACCUCUUCCCUUCCAGAAGCCCCUCUGACCUGCUCUCACCAGUGCUCACUGCCAUUGUUUUCCAUCUUUGUUGAGAACUCAGAAUAUUUUCUUGCCUGUGGGGACAGUGACCAGCCAAGGAUACAAAGGUGUCAGACGUGAGGCUCCGAUUCAUAUUUACUACCUGAUAUUGCUCCUAACUCCUUCCUUCCUUCAUUUAUUCAAAAAAUAUGUGUU